AUGUCGAACAGAUCAGCAGACCGCAGCCUUUUGCGUCGCGUUAUCGAGGCAGCACUCGACCGUGAAGAGAAAGGCUAUCCACCCGUAUCUCAACACGCAGCCACAGAUCAAAAUGGGAACCAUACAAACCAAUCACGUCCGAAAUCCUUCGCUCCUCAAACAACCAGCAGUGAUGCUCUCAUCCCACCUAACGACAAGCUCCUUGUUUUCCGCUCCCUGACGGGCAUCGACAGUGUGCCUGCUCUCACGCAAGGAGGGCACCUUCCCCGCCCAGCAGACAAUGUCGGUAUUUACACGCGUGUUGUGACGAAUGAAACCAACGCUGGGCGUGGAUAUCGCAUGUUCAGCUGGAUGAUCAACACAUGCCUUGGGAUUCAAAUUGUCGUGGCCGCAGCGGUUACUGCUCUCGGUGCUGCACGCGGGCCGCACAGCGCAGUUACCGCGUUCGGCGCCAUCAACACGAUCAUGGCGGGGAUCCUGACCUACCUCCGAGGCUCCGGACUACCGGACCGUCUGAAGCAGUACCAGAAUCGGUGGAAGAACAUUCGAGAAUACAUCGAGCAGCGUGAACGUGAAUUUUGUCUGGAAGGCUGCGACCUCGAUGUCCAAGAAGAGAUAUUCAUUGUUGAAAGCAUGUACCAAAGCAUCAAGGAUGAAAUGGAGACCUCCAAAAGCAGCCAGAGCAAGCAGCAACAACCCGAAGACCCACGCAUCCGCCGUUCGCUUGUACUGACUCAUGGUGGGAGAGCAUCCGGCACGCCUAGACGAUCAGAUAUGGUGAACCCACAGCACCAGGAAGGCCAGUUGAGCCCGCUCGCUGUUCCUGAACCGGCGCUGGGAGUUGGAAAAGCACAAAGCUGA